UGCAUGCGUUGCAAGUAGCAUCAUGAAUUCAUAAAUACACGAAAAUGCGUUCGUCAAGUUUUUAAACUAUUAUUGUUAACUACAAAAAUAUUUUAUUGUGUUAAUAUAACUGAAACCAGUUUCUUUGCAGUUUGUUAUUUUUGUCCCAAAAUGGCUGAAUUAAGUGGAAAGCAGAAACUGGCUCACCUCAGACAAUUUAUGAGCGAUGUUAGAGUUGAGAAUGGAAAGGGCAUUCAAGCUUUCAUUAUUACAGGAGAUGAUGCUCAUCAAUCUGAAUACAUCGGGGAGCAGGAUAAAAGAACUCAAUACAUAUCAGGUUUUCGAGGUUCAUCAGGUACAUCUAUUAUUACUCCUGAACAUGCUUUGCUUUGGACAGAUGGCAGAUACUUUGCUCAAGCACUUAUGGAAUUGGAUCCGUCUGAUGCAUGGACUCUCAUGCAAGAAGGACUACCAGAAACACCAUCAUUAGAAAACUGGUUGAUUUCAUCUUUACCUGCAAAUUCAAGAGUUGGUGCUGAUCCCAAUUUAAUUAGUAAUUUAACGUGGGAUCGUUUAAAAAAUAGUUUGUCUGUAGCUGGGCAUACUUUGCUGCCUAUUGAAGAUAACUUAGUUGAUAAAGUAUGGGGUAAUAAUAAACCUACUCGUAUUCUUAAUAAAAUAUUACCGCAAAAUAUUGUCUAUUCUGGAAAAACAGCAGGAAACAAAGUAAGUGAUUGUAUCCGAGAGAUGCAGAAACACAAGGUAACGACUCUCAUAUUAACAGCCCUUGAUGAAAUUGCUUAUUUACUUAAUUGGAGAGGUUCAGAUAUUCAAUAUAAUCCUGUUUUCUUUGCGUAUGUUAUUUUGCAUAAAAGUAAGGUCUUCAUUUUUACAAAUGAAAAAAGUGUAACAAUUGAAGCAAGACAACAACUGUUAAACGAAGGAGUUGACUAUGAAAUCGAAUUAUAUGAGAAUGUGAAACUAUUUUUGCGAAAAAUAAUCUCGUCAAAUAAUAGUCAAACAGUUUGGAUUUCAAACCAUUCGUCUCACUCCUUACACUGUGAGUGUAAGUCUGUAUCGAUUUACACAGCUAUUUCACCUGUUUGUUUAAUGAAACUUAUCAAAAAUAAAAAUGAAAUCGAAGGAAUGAAAUUGGCUCAUGUUCGUGAUGGCGUUGCUUUAGUUAAAUAUUUUUCAUGGUUAGAGAAUACGAUCACUUCGACUGACAAUAAAGUUUUUGUUACUGAAAUUUCCGGAGCAGAACAACUUGAAAUAUUCCGAAGAGAACAGCAAAAAUAUGUAGGACCCAGUUUCUCGACGAUUUCAGCUGUAGGAAAAAAUGCAGCAAUUAUACAUUAUAAGCCAUCAAAAGCUUCAGACAAACGAAUUGAUACUCAAGAACUCUAUUUAUGUGAUUCUGGUGCACAGUUUUUAGAUGGUACAACAGAUGUGACAAGAACAUUACAUUUCGGCCAGCCAUCUGAUUAUCAUCGCGAAUGUUUUACACGUGUGUUCAAAGGCCAGUGUAGUUUAGCCAGAACAAAAUUCCCAUUAAUGACUAAAGGACAUCAUUUAGAUUCAUUAGCUCGUAAAUACUUAUGGGAUGUGGGUUUAGAUUAUCUUCAUGGAACUGGUCACGGUGUAGGAGCUUAUCUAAAUGUACAUGAACUACCUACUAUGAUUUCGAUGAAACCAUACCUAGAUGAUCCAGGACUGCAAAUUGGAAUGUUUGUAUCAAAUGUAUGCUAA